GUCGCAAACUUAGUAUAAUAAUAUGAAAUUUUAAACAAAAAGUUUACAGUUUCUAUCAUGUAUUCGUAUAUUUCACAUGUUUAUUGCAUCCUCGGCUUUUACCUGGUCUGCGAAGUGUGUAGUGAUCCGCACACAAUAUUCAAAACGACAAAUCUCGAAUGCUAUCCAAGCUCAAAGUUCGUCGCUAAUUCCACAUGCCUCGUGAAGGCAAAAAAUUGGACUCAUGCAACUGCUCAAAUGGAUUGCGAUUUUAUAUUUCCAAUUCGCAAUAUUUCGGUACAACUUCAAUUUUUUAAAAAGGGCUAUAAUAACAGGUUUCAUCCAUUCCUGGUCAAUGUACUUGUCAAUAUGUGUGAUGUAAUGUCGAAGAAAAAUUUCACAGCUUACGGCGUUUUGAUGAUAAAGAUACUAAAACAAUUUACCAAUGUAAAUCACACUUGUCCUUUCGAGGGUCAUCUGAUGGCUCGUGACUUGUACGUUCGUGAUUCUGAUUUUAUGAUGCCAUUGAUGCCUUUCGGAUUUUAUCUCAUUAAUCUUAAUAUUUAUGAAAACUAUGCGAAUGGAAGUUUCGAAUCGAUUGGCGAAAUAAAGUUUUAUUUCGAAGCGAUGGAUUUUAUUAAGCCAAAGAAGAAGAAACUGUAAAAAUAAUUACAUCAAAUUGAGCAACAAAAAAGUAUUUAGUAAUAUUCUCAAAAAAAGCAUGCUAAUUAUUAUUACUGGAAAAUUGUAAUUGAAAUAUAAACGUUUAACAAUUUAAACUGCAUUAAAGUGUGGUUCAUUUGAGAACGAUUGUGGAACCAUCGAACCAUUUCCUUUGCUCGCAGUCGUUAUAAUGCCUUACCCAUUUGUGGUUAUUCUAUGUUUGUCGUACG